CGACAACAAUCACGUAAUUUUGUAGCGGCUUCAAAUCAUCGAGAAAGCGACCAUGACAACAUUGGACCCGGCGUCGGAUCGUCUGGAACUUCGUUCACAGCCGGGUCCGAUACGGGUAGAGAGCCUCCUAAAUGUCGAUGUAAUCUUUACGCGACCCUUAAAAAAAAAGUCUCGCAGGGUGAAAAUCAGGGAAGAGAAUAUUAUUCUUGUCAUAAGGCCGGUAAAGGGAAUUGUCAUUUUUUUCAGUGGGCUGAUGAAUCAUCUUCCCAAGGGAAAUUCAAUCAAUCGGGAUUUCGUCGCGCCUCGGAAAGUAUUGGCGAAAACUCGGGAAAUGGAAAUACAUGUUUUAAUUGUGGGGAGAGUGGUCAUUUCUCGAACGCUUGUCGUAAACCAAAGAAAGCCAAAUCCGGUAGUACGGAUGUGACAUGUUUCAAAUGCCAGCGGCCUGGUCAUCUGGCUCCACAAUGUCCAAGUGGUAGCACGGUUCAGCGCGGUAAACGUGGCUCUGGAACCAGAGCUCGAGGAACCGGUCGUCGAGGAAAGAAAAACUAA